UAUAUAUUGUUUGUUUUGAUGCUUCUCUUGUAAAGUGAUUUCGACUAGACGUACAUAAGUGCAGUUGGAUUUGUCAAAGAGGAAAUGGAUUCACCUUUCCUGCUUUAUAUUAAACAUUUAAUGAUAAUUGGAGGUACUCUUCCAGUCGAUUUAAUUAAUUCACGCAAACGCAUAUAUAUUUUCUACCGAUACGUAACGCAUACAUUUGUAUCCUUAGCAGGCAUUUAUUGGUUAGGUGGAAAUAUGAACAUUGACGGGUUCGAUCGGACGCUGUUUAAUUACAUUUAUGACAGAAUCUUCGUUAUGAUUUCAUACGUGAACUUAGCAAUAACCACGUCAGGAAAUUUUCAAAAGUUAAUAUAUGAGAUGAUCGCAUAUGAAGCAGAGGUGCUAGACGUCGGAACCGAAAAACAUUUGAAGAUACACGAACAAGUAGUCAAAAAGUGCAGAACACUCCAGGUGUAUUAUAUAUCAAUAUUGUCCAGUUGUUCUAUAGCUUUUGUCGUCCCUGCUUUUGUUGAAUACGCACUAGUAGAAUCUUCGGAGGAGAGUACCAAUUCUACGAUAAAUACGCAUAAUUACGAUUUAUGGAUACCAUUUGAGGAAAGCAAGCAAUAUUUAGUGUGGCUACUCGUUCAGUCUUGUUACACUUUAAUAGUGACUUGCAUUUAUUGCAGCUAUCAGACUAUUUUGAUUAAUUUGCUGCUCGUUGUCAUUUUAAGACUAAAGAUAUUAAGAGCAAGAAUAGAAAAUAUGAAGGAUAUUGAGACGCUUGAUGCCAAAAGAUUUAUCCGGAUUUAUGCUAAAGAACAUAUAGACCUAAUAAGGAACUGCAAACAUGUGGAUGACACUGUGAAAUAUGUGAUGUUAAUGGAAUUUUUAUUUGCAUCUCUCCGACUCGCCCUCUCUAUUUUCCUGCUUGUUACGACAAAUACUCCAAAUUCGAAGAUAUAUUUUGGAAGUGUCACUGUUAAUGUACUAAUAAACAUACUGAUAUUAUGUUGGAACGCCGAUCAAAUCAGGGAAGAGAGUAUUGGCAUAUCUGAUUCUAUUUAUCAACUACCAUGGUUCGAAUACGAUAAAAGCGAUGUAAUAUCUCUUCACAUUAUGAUGAUACGGUCUCAAACACCACUCACACUUACAACUGGCCCUUUUGGGACUGUGACUUUGGACCUAGCUGGAAAGAUACUGAAGGCAACUUACACAUACGCCACUUUCAUGCACCAAAUGUACGAAAAUUAGACGAAGCCAAAUUGUCACAUAAAUAACAAAUGCACAAAUAAUUUAAUAUAUUGCACCUGUAUUACCCUUAAUUGCACACAAUUUAAUAUUAAGUAUCUAUCUAUUUCAAUAAACACUAAAGUAGCUUCAAUA